AGUCGGAUAGUUGGAGGUACAGAUGCGUCGGCUACGGCAUGGCCCUGGCAGAUCAGUCUACAACAUUCAGGAUCACAUAGAUGUGGGGGCUCUCUAAUCUCACCAGAGUGGGUUCUGACCGCAGCGCAUUGCUUUACACGUCCUCUCCAGCCAUCGAAUUAUAAUGUGCAUUUGGGCAUGUACAGGCUGGGUGAGAUUAGCUCUCAAACAGUUGUUGUCAAUGUAAAGACUAUCAUCACCAAUCCUAAUUAUAAAGGCACUGGAGAUAUCGGGGACAUUGCCCUGGUGCAGCUGGACACACCUGUCAACUAUACUCAGUACAUCAUGCCAAUCUGUCUGCCAUCUUCCACCACCACCUUCCCCUGUGGUAUGGAGUGCUGGGUGACCGGCUGGGGUACAACAUGGAGUCCACCUUUCAAUGGGGCCCUCCAGGAGGUCAUGACUCCUCUCAUAGACCUCAAUACAUGUCAGACAAUGUAUUCCAAUACGGGAAGCACUGAAAAAAUCAAGUAUGAUCAGAUUUGUUCUGGCUACAAGGAUGGGCAGAAGGACUCCUGUAAGGGUGACGGAGGAGGACCUCUUGUGUGUAAGGUCCAUGGCAUUUGGUAUCAGGUUGGAAUUGUGAGUUUUGGAGUAGGCUGUGCAAACCCCAACUUCCCUGGGGUGAACACACUGGUGACGGCCUACCAAACCUGGAUCAGCAGCUACCUGCAAGUUACAUUCAAUGAUGUGCCAGAUAUCCCUAUACCAACGAGAACCUGUGGAGGAAACCUCAUCGACACAGGGUACACCGAUUCCACAACACAUAGAGCAAGUAUUGCCUACACAGAGACCAAUGUUCCUGUACAAACAAAUGAAGAAAGCACUGCCUAUACGAAGACUAAUAUUGCCGUACCAACAAAUGAAGAAAGCACCUCCUACGCAAAGACCAAUGUUGCCAUUCCAACAAAUGAAGAAUGCACCUCCUGCACGAUAACCAAUGUUCCUCUACCAACAAAUGAACAAAGCACUGUCUAUACGAAGACCGAUGUUCCUGGACCAACAACUGAAGGAAGCACUGCCUAUACGGAGACCAAUGUUCCUGGACCAACAAAUGAAGGAAGCACUGCCUAUACGGAGACCAAUGGUCCUGGACCAACAAAUGAAGGAAGCACUGCCUAUACGGAGACCAAUGUUCCUGGAUCAACAAAUGAAGGAAGCACUGCCUAUACGAAGACCAAUGUUCCUGAACCAACAAAUGAAGGAAGCACUGUCUAUACAAACACUGAUGUUCCUGUACCAACAAAUAUAGGAAGUACUGCCUAUACGAAGACCAAUGUUCCGGUACCAAAAACAACAUCUAAAGGAAUCUCCAUCACAUCCAGCCUUUCACACCAUCGCUGGAUGAUCUUGGUCCCAACUACUCUUCUGCUCACAUUAAUAUAA